GAUCUCCGGGCUGAGAGGUUUAUGAGCAACUCCAACGUAAGGCUCAAUAUCUGCGUGCCAAAAAUAAGGCAGCGGAGGAUCUUCUCAACUCGCAAUGUUUCGAGCCCAAGAUAACCCGGGAAAAGCUCGGCGGCCUUCGGCUGCGGCAGGCGGCCAAGGUGGAGCGGGACGCGGGCUGGUACCAACAGCUCCGGGACAGAAGAUAGCCCUACCGCCACCCUCUGUCACCGGAAAAAAACCAUCGAUGGAGGCCGGGAAAGCCGUGCGCCAGCCUGCGUUACCUGGCCAGGAACCAAGAAGGCCGAGUGCUGUCAAAGUCUUGGCGACGAAGGAGGCUGUCAAGAUGGACAAGGCAGGGGCUGCGGCUGCGGCUCAAAAGGUUCAGGCACCCCCAAAGGCACCGCCUCUGCCUCCGCCUCUGCCUCCACCUCUGCCUCCGCCUCUGCCUCCGCCUCUGCCUGCGCCUCCGCCUCCGCCUCCGCCUCCGCCUCAGCCUCAGCCUCAGCCUCAGCCACCUACGCUUCCCCGGGACCAGAAGAAGGCACCCCUUGACCAAGUUCCGGUGGCGCAAGUGGCCGUUAAACCCAAAAGUGUGGAGCCGCAACCUCCAGCAAAAUUGGCUCAGGAACCCGCAAAGCCCAAGCCACAGCCAUCCAGAGACGGCCGUCAAGGGAAGCAGCUGAACGUGGGCGCUCUUCCUCAACCGACACCAGCUGUUAAGAAGCCCGAUCAUGAAAAGGUUCAGGUCCCUGUUAAAAAGGAUGAGCAGCUGUCGGAACACAGCUUCGCCAAGUCACGUCUUUCAACACUCGGUACGCGCAAGAUGUACCACUUCCAAGAUCCACCGUUGCCGAAGGCGGUGCACAUUGCCGUGGUUCUGCUCUUGCUGGCAAUCCUGACCGUGGCGCUGUUCCUCGGCUACGACGUGUACCACUCAUUCGCGCAUAUUCCGCGUCGAUCGAACGUUACAGCGAGAAGCCCGGUGCCGAUCACGACCACGCCGCUACCGACGCCCUUCUUCAUGCGAUAGCACCUCUCGAGAUGCGUUCCACGGAAGGCUGUCUAUGGCAUUCGAAA